CCUGAUGCGUGCUUGUUUCGUUUAAUUCGCGCGGCAGUUUAACGUCAUCUUGUAACUGUUUUGAGUGGUCGUUUUGGCUAAUCAUCUAGCCAGAAACAGCUGACCUGCCAAACAUAGCUCGCAAUCAUACAGAGCAGUGUCGUUAAGCAGAAAGCUAACGUUUGCAAUUCUAUUGUCUACUGUAAAUACAGGAAGGCCAUUAAUAUAGCCCUUUCAUGCAGACAUGAUUUUCGGAAAAUAUGCCAAUUCCUGUCUAUUUCUGACCUUGUGCUACCGAAGCAGUUCUUGCUAGCUGGGAACGUGUGCAAAAUCACAGUUCUCGAGCACUGAGCUAGUUAGCUUCAUAGCAUGUACAUGUCGUCUUCCACUGACUACAAGUUGAACUCGUCAAUGAUUCUGCAUUAUGUUGUUGUCCUUUACGAAUAAUUAAAUUAUGAGAAGUAACGUUGCUGCCAUUCUGCCCCGGUGCUGCUAAUCUAACAAACACUGAUGGAAGUAUGCUACGCAUAUUGUCAUAUGACUUGCAUAGCAUGCUCCGUCUUGUUUGGCACCAUUUUGCUGUAAAUGUUAAUGUGUUUCGUUUCUGAAUUUCACUCUAAACCGUGUUCUUAGGUGUAAUGUCACGCUUGUCCUUAACUGUGUGUGUUGUCUAUUAUAAUGCUGAGGUGUUUGGUGCUGGUGUUUUGACGCGUCAACUUUCUGGAACGUUUUUAUUUGUUGUUCAGUGGUGAGAGACGGCUGUCCGACUACCGCACCCAGGCCGUCUUCUCUGCUUUCCAGUUUACCCUGAAGAUGCUUCUGCUUUGUCUAAUCACUGCUCCUCACCGCUGGUAGUUUCAGGUAAGGAAGCUCGCCGGGCGGACGUCACUGAGGAGGGAUGCCUGUUGAAAGCGGGAACAGUGCAGCCGCCAGACAAGCCAAGCAGAAGCGCAAGUCUCACAGCCUGUCCAUACGGCGCACCAAUAGCACCGAGCAGGAUCGUCCCUCAGGCCACAGAGACAUGCUGGAGGCACAGGACUCGAAGCUGCCCCUCUCCUUGAGGAGCAACCUGAUGGACCUCUUUGGACAAAUAGAACGUGAAUUUGAAAACCUCUACAUUGAAAACAUUGAAUUGCGACGGGAAAUCGAUUCUCUCAACGAACGCCUCGCUGGCGAAGGACAAACUGUAGAUGGAGGAGACCUCACCAAAGGCGCCCUGAAAACCAAAGCCAGCCACAGUACAAGUCAGCUUUCUCAGAAACUGAAGACCACAUACAAAGCCUCCACAAGCAAGAUCGUGUCCAGCUUCAAAGCCACCACGUCGCGUGCUGUUUGCCAGCUGGUGAAGGAGUAUGUGGGCCACAGAGAUGGCAUCUGGGACCUCGCCCUCACCCGCACUCAGCCCACGGUCCUGGGCACCGCUUCCGCUGAUCACUGUGCCAUGCUCUGGAGCAUUGAGACUGGGAAGUGUCUGCUGAAGUAUGCUGGCCACGCUGGCUCAGUGAACUCCAUCAAGUUCCAUCCUACAGAGCAAAUGGCUCUGACUGCAUCUGGGGAUCAGACAGCUCACAUCUGGCGCUACAUGGUCCAACUGCCUCUCCCGCAGCCCCAAGCAGACAUCAGCCAGCUGUCCUGCGAUGAUGACGUGGACUUCUCGGAUAAGGACGAGGCGGACCCCGAGGGUGACGGCGUGAUGAUGGAGUGCCCCACGGUGCGCUUGGCCACCACCACCCUCAAGAGCCACCAGGGGGUGGUGAUCGCCGCCGACUGGCUGGUGGGCGGCCGGCAGGUGGUCACGGCCUCUUGGGACCGCGCCGCCAACCUGUACGAGGUGGAGACCUCCGAGCCCGUCCACACUCUCACGGGUCAUGACCAGGAGCUGACCCACUGCUGUACGCACCCGACCCAGAGACUGGUGGUGACCUCCUCGCGUGACACCACCUUCCGUCUUUGGGACUUCAGAGACCCCUCCAUCCACUCAGUCAACGUCUUUCAGGGACACACCGACACGGUGACGUCAGCUGUUUUCACCGCGGGAGACAACGUGGUGUCUGGGAGCGAUGACCGCACCGUGAAGGUGUGGGAUUUGAAGAACAUGCGCUCACCAAUAGCAACCAUCCGCACAGAUUCGGCUGUGAACAGGAUAAGUGUCUCCGCCACGCAGAGGAUCAUUGCGCUCCCACACGACAACCGACAAGUCAGGCUGUUCGACAUGGCGGGGGUGCGCCUUGCCAGACUGCCGCGAAGCAACCGACAGGGCCACCGCCGCAUGGUGUGCUGCUCGGCCUGGAACGAGGAGAACCAGGCGUGUAACCUCUUCACCUGUGGCUUCGACCGGCAGGCCAUCGGCUGGAACAUCAACAUCCCUGCACUGCUGCAGGAGAAAUGAGCACGGGCACCCCACCCCACCCCACCCCAGGCCUCCUGACGUGACGGGGGGCCAGCGCACCAGGUGGGGAGGUGUCCCAAGUGUGCUGUGGUCACCUCCUCCCUCCUCCUCCUCCUCCUCCUCCUCUCCAACCACCUCCCUCAACAAUCUUGCAUGCUGUUCAUGCGCGCCGUGGCACAGGCGCUUUUCCUAUUCAUUCGUUCACUCAUUCAUUCGCAAACUCGCGCACCGCAAGAGCGAAGCCUCAGCCACAGUCCUCCAGCCAAAACUGUCUUACUUACUGGGCUUGUGCUGAGAGCUUUUUUCCCCAAAUGUUCUGUGUGUGUUUGUGUGUGUGUGUAUCGUUUGUGCGUGUGUGUCUUGAAAAAAAGAGUUAACGUGCCUACAGGAUAUUGCAUUCCAUCUCGUUCAAUCUUUGUCCUGUUUGCAUUCUGUUACUUUAUAUGCUUGGAGGUGAAGGAACGGGCCUUUUGUGAUUUUAACUUUUACGGAAAGCCGUCGAAUUGAGACAAUGAAAGAUCUAUCGCACUGCAUGUCGCGUUGCAGCAGUUGUAAGUUAAGCGGUGCAUAUCUGUCUAUGUAGUUUCACCGUGUGCCAUUUCUCUACACACUCUUAACGGGUGUUUAUUUGCCAGAGCAGCAGACUAUGUGUGACAUGUUACCAACCGUCUCCUUCGAGAUCAAACAUUCUUGUGUGCGUGACACGACUGUCAAUCAUUUCACAACCCUGUUUCCCGCUGGUUGACCAUCAUCCUUCCAAAUAUGUGUGGACAUUUAAAAGUAACUCCAUUGGUCCACAGACCAUAUUCACCAUCACACCUCACACUGGUGUCUGUCGUGGUGUUGUGGUCUGUGGUGUCUCUCUCGUGGCUGGGUUCUUGAAAAAAACAAACUACAAUGUUGUGUAGAGAUGAAUUUCAUUUAUGCUGUAGUAGAAUUACUUGGCCAUUAGAAGAAGUGAACAGUACUAAUGUACAAAAGAAAAUCCUUUUUGUUGCUUAUAAGUGCCAGUUGGUGAAGUUCUUUUUUUUGUUUUCCUUGGAGUUCAAUUUCACCAGUUAUAUACAUUCAGCUGUGAAGAAUUUUCUGCCUUGCACUUACGUGAAGGCACUCACUUAAGCCUCGUUGAAGAUUGUCAAGGAAGUAACACUUUGUUUUAGGAUGAGCCGGUGGGUUACAGUACAAAUCAAGGUUGCAAAUCCUGUGAAAAUAACACUUGCUGUGUUCUCAUCAGUUAGCAAACAGUAGAGGAGAAAGUGAUGUUUUUCGGUAAAUAUACACUAAGCAUGGCUUCGUCUUAAUCACAGGAAUGAGACAAUGUAGGGGUUCCGACCAUGUGAGAGUUUAACAUGAUGGUAGUUGAGGGUGUGCCAUGCACAAUCAAGUCCUUAGUCUUUCGCUGUUUGAUGCCAGACAUUUUAGAAUGCGCUGAAGAAAGCUUGUUGGACCAAUUAUGUGCUGUCUCACGUUCACUGCAAGAGAAUACAGUCGGGCUGCUUUGUAGCGGGAGUGCUAGGGGCUGGAUUCACAUUGUAUAUGCUACUGUUAACACCUUGUUACACUGUGCCGGAUAAGCAGUUCUUUGAUGUUUACCGAUGUGUUAUCACUGUUUUUAAAAAAGUGCAAGUCAUGUAGGACUGGUCAAACACCUGUGUUUCCUAUAUAGAGAGCUAAGGCCUUAGCCCUAAGUGUUCAACUCAAGCUAAUCAAUACACAGAUUUCCAAAUGAACUUCUUGUGUGCAUGUUCUUCAGAUAUGUUCAGGUUCUCUUGUGAUUCUGGGAAGGAGAGUUCUAUGGCCUAAACUUUAGCAGGGCCUGCCGGUGAUCGUAUGUUCCGUGCUUAGUCCCUUCCAAUGUUGGGCAAGAUAUUUCUUGUUGUAGAUGUUUGAAAUAAAAUGGACAUAUAUUCUCUGAGGUCUUUCAGCUAUGAUUUACAAGUGCUCCACGAGUCUUUCAAAAGGUCAGCUAUUCAUGUUUUUACAAGUCUGUGCCAUUGGCAGCUUCACACAGAUCAGACCGGUUUACUUUGGACAUGCCAUGCUCGUAAGAAAAAGAAAAUAUUCACAUUCGGGGUAAAUUAUAGUUAAAAGCAUCCUUUAAAUACAAGGAAUGUACCUUCAAAGACCUUAUAACAGUCUGCUGUAUGGCUGUUAGACUAAUUGUCAGCUUAUUGGAACCCUGCUACAGAAGUCUUUGGUCAUGGCCUGCUUUUGUGAAGCGUCCCUUACCUCGAUAUGUUCACAAAAAUGUGGUAAAUCUUGAAAUAGAGCAACUGAAUGGCUUUAUUUUAUUUUAUAAGACAAAGGCGUCCAUGCUCUGGUUUAUCCCUGACUGAGGUAACUCAAACUGGGAUAAUGGUGAACGGUGUACUUGGACUUGCAUGUACAUGUACUUCUAAGAGUAUCUGAGAGCGACUUCCAUUCAGAGACUUGCGCUCCACUGCCCUGUUGGAUUGUGAAAAUACAAGUAAACCCCACAAAAGACACUUGAUUCAGUUUGUUAACUUGUGUAUGAUGUGUAAGAAAGUAAAGGGGGUAUUCCAAGUGUGUGUGCUAAGUGUCUUUCCCAGCUAUGUAAACUCUAAUCUAAUGAGUCUUCUGGGUUCCUUAUCCCAGAAGAAAAACAACACUUACACACUUAGAUUUAGCUCUUGCACAGAGUUGACAUAGCCAGGGAAGUGGCUGUCUGAAAUGCCCCUCAAAAGAUGUAGGUAGCCAUGAAGUUAAGAAAAUGUAAAUAAAUUACCUUAAAGCUGA